CAGAGUAACCCAGACAAGAUCACUUGAAAAGUAGAACGUCACGCAAGAAAACAAAAAAUAAAUUAACAUCUUAUGCUUAUGAUACUGAAUGAAAUUUCAAUGGACAAUCAGCAACAUCCAAACCAUGGGGAAACAAGAGCCAAUUCGCCGAUAGAAUGGGGUUCAAGAACGAAUGGCAAACAAUGGAAAUUAGGGUCUAGACAGGCUUCUGUACAGCGCAAACAUGCACAGCAUGCAAGGCACUUGCCAUCCAGAAACUUGGCUUCUUUGGCUGAGGAAAAAAGAUUUGGAAUUGGCUCUGCACUUCCAUAUGCUACCUUGCGUGCACACAGACAUCCGAUGUCACCUACCGAAGCACAUGCAACAAAUAUAGUUAGCCAUAUGGAAAUAGACGAUGAACUGAUGCUGAAUGAUCCAAUUUCGGAGUCACUCAGAAUCGAAAUGUUACGAGACAUGCCACAGUGUCUCACUGUCAAACGAUCGAUAAGAGCCAAACUGGCAAUGUCGGUUAAUGAGAAGAAAAAGAAGAAGCUUGUCGGCGUUUGGAAACAAUUGAAGUAUGAGAUUAGCUUCAGUUUUACCAAGAUAAAUAUGGCCAUGCGUGAAGUUGCAUCUACCAUGGAGGUGUGGUAUUAUCCGAUCAAAGCAAUCGAAGGUCAUUUUGGUAGUGGGGUUGCCACGUACUUCAAGUUUUUGAGAUGGCUAUUUAUUUUCAAUAUCAUUUGCUGUGUAAUGAGUGUGGCGUUCAUUGUGCUACCGCAGUCUUUGGUACAGGUUCAUUCCAACGAUGUUUUCACUGGAUGGGAAAUCUUUACUGGAACUGGGGUUUUUACAAAUUCAAUUAUGUAUUAUGGGUUUUAUACGAACAGUACUGUCUCUAGUGACUUUGGUUCAGCAUACAGCAUUCCAUUGGCCUAUUUGAUGACGUUGUUCUGUUGUUAUUCUUUCACAUUUGUUGUGCUUUCAAUCAAAGUCGCGAGAUCAUAUCGUAAGAACUAUAUUGAAACUGCUGGUGGUCUUACUAAUGUGUAUGCAAGCAAGGUAUUCUGUGGAUGGGAUUUUGGCAUUGCUUCCUACAGGGCGGCAAAUCUAAGAUCUGCCAUCAUUUAUGGUGAACUUAAAGAAUUGCUAGGGGAAUCCCGGAAACGUUUACAUCGGGACUGUGCUCCUAGAAGUUAUGUGCUGAUUAUUCAAAUAGCUAUGACUGCUCUGGUGAUUUCAGUUAUGUCUGGCACAGGAAUAAUGCUAUGGAUUUUACUGAAUAGAUUUGAAGUGGAUCCUAAUAAUUCACUCAUUAAUAUGGUUGUGCCUUUGGCUAUAACAAUCAUCAUGAACGUGUAUCCGGCGUUUUUCUCUUGGCUGGUUCAAUUUGAAGGGUAUAGCAACAAGCGCAUAGCUCUUUAUGUGACAAUGAUAAGAACAUAUGUAAUGGAAGUAGUGAUCAUUGGAAUCCUUUUAGUCUUUUGGUUGAUAUACGCUACGCAAAGUUGCUGGCAAACUGAAUUUGGUCAGGAAAUUUAUCGCCUCAUUAUCGCCGAUUUUAUAGUAUCCAUCAUGGGUACAUUUAUAGCCCAAUCGAUUAGAUCAAAGUUACAUCUGAUGGCGUGGAGAAAGAUCGGUGCACCAAGAUUUGAUAUUGCUCGUAAUACCUUAAAUCUAACUUACAAUCAAACCUUGUUUUGGAUAGCAUUUUACUUUAGUCCACCGAUGUCUGUGAUUGUAAUUAUCAAAUUUGUUCUGAUCUUUCAUCUCAAGAAAUAUGGUGUUCUAAAUCAUUGUGAACCACCAUCAAGAUCUUGGAGAGCUGCGCAAACACAAACUUUAUUUUUGGCAUUAGCUUUUCUAUCAAUGGUUGGCAUUCUCAUAGUAUUAGGAUACGUCAUAACCAGUGUGCCGUCUCAAGAAUGUGGACCUUUCCGUGGUUACAAAUAUACUUGGGAGAUGAUUGUGGAAGGAGUCCUACAGUGGAGGCGAGAUAAUCAAUUUUGGGUUAUUAUUACCACACUUGCAAGACCAGGUGUGGGCGCUGGGCUACUAAUUGCCAUGUGCGUUGCUGUUUACUAUUUGCGAGCAAAAGCAGAUGCUAGGAAAGAAAUGAUAGAAAUCAUACGGGGGAUGUUGAUCUUGGGAGCAUAUGACAAAGAAUUCCUUCUAAGUGGUAUAUCCAAGGUGGCAGAUGAAUGAGUACUGAAUCACAACAGCUAGAUACCAUCACAGCAACCAAUUUAGCAAAUCAAUCAGGGCUGUGACUUGAAAACCUCUUCAUGUGGCCGCCGUUACAGUAGAUUGAGUACAGCAUGGCAUUCUUACAGAUAUCGAUAGUAUGCAUAAUCCUUCAAAAAGCCAGAUUUUAACAGAAAAAAUUACACAAACCCACGGUUUCAUGGAACAGGAUUGAUGAAAAUUUUACAAAUCAUAUUUAUACAGUUGAUAUCUACUUUGUCAAUAUUCAGCCACCGUCUAUUAGGUUUACUACAUUAGAUGAAAAUAUCGUAUUACCAUUACCUAUAAAGUUGUGAAACGACUUACAAUUAUUACUCGUCAGUAUUGCUUACAGUGUAUGGUUUUAUAUUGAUAAAGUCCGGAGCGUGGGACGUUGUUCUAUACCAUGUAUUUGAAAUAUAUUUUAUUGAAUAAUCAAUAUGUAAGAUUUGGUAGUAACGUCGAAUUAAUUUAUUAAAUAUCAAUAAUUUAUCGUAAUAUUGUGCAUCAUAAAAGAUUGCGAUGCUAUCCUAAUGUAAACAUGGCAAGACUAAAUAUUUAAUUGUUGAUAAAACUGAGUCUAACUGAA